AUGUUUCAGGAUCGAUCGGGUUAUGUCAGUGAUGGAAUUCACGUUUAUUAUCGCGGACAACGGAUCGAUUCGAUGAUCGCCAUGGCAUUUGAAGAUCUCGACUUCGGAUAUGCUCGUGAUCCUUUCCGAGUCUACUAUGCCGGCCAUGUGAUCGAUGGUGCACAUUCGCAUUCGUUCGAAACGCUCAAAGAUGGAUACGCCAAAGAUGCUUAUCAUGUUUAUUACGAAGGUGUCAAAAUGGCUGGAUUAAUGUCAUCAACGUUUACGACGUUAGGCAAUGGGUAUGCGAAAGACGCAUCGAAUGUUUAUUAUCAUGGUCGCAAAAGUGAAGGUACUGAUUGUCAUCUAUUUCAAUCAAAUUCGACAUGA